AUGUCUCUGCAAAUUCAUGUUGCUUUGAUGUUGUCCCUGCUUUUACCAUCACCAUUUCUUGCAUAUCCCCAAACACUUUCAGGUCAAGAAUCUUUCAAGAAAGCUGCAUAUAGGCUCAGCAAGCCACUGAUCAGUGAUGAUGGGAAGGUUUAUGUGUGUUCAGAAAAGAACUUUUUUGCCUUUGAAAGUAAUGGUUCUGUCGUAUGGACGUUAUCUCUAAAUUACAAAUGUAGCCCAAGUAUAGCUCCAGUUUUAGGGGAAUCAAGAAAGAUAUAUGUGGUUGCAGAAGACAGAGUGCUGAAGAUCAACCCUUUGAAUGUAGGCAGUUUUGAAAAAGCUGUAGAAUUGUUCUUUGGUACGGAAUCUGAAAGACCAGGUGAAAUUAUUGGCCUUGCAGUAAGUAUAUCCAGUUCCUAUGUAUUUAUCAAUGUCAAAUACCGGGGUCUCUUUGCUUACCGGUUGCAAGGCAAGCUGCACUGGAGUGCUGGCCCGGCGAUUUAUCAGCAUGGAUAUCGUCAAGGCUGUAGGAAAAACACCACGGGCUGUUAUUUUUCCUCGGUGCCAGUGUUCGAUCAUUGUGAAGCUAGCUUAUACAUAUCUACUAAUCAAGGAGAAAUCUAUGCUCUGUCAACUCGUAGUCCACAUUUCAAAUGGAUACAAGAUUGCAGUUCAUUCGGAAAUACACUUACCAUGACAGCUGGGAAUAAUGGCAUGUUGUAUGUUACUGUAGCAGCUAAAGCUCUGGUGCUAGCGGUUGAUGUUUCCAGGGGAAAUAUUUUGUGGCAGAAAAGCUUUGGAUCGUUAAGUACCGCAGAUUAUGCCCCAGCUGUUGAUUCUAAUGGUUGGAUAUCUAUUGGUUCAUUGGAUGGAUACCUCUAUUCGUUUUCACCAAAAGGAGUUGUCAAAAAGUUCCCGAAAGUGCUCAACAUGGAUUCUGUAAUUCAAGUUAGUCCUGUUCUUGAUUGCUCAGGGUAUGCAAUCUAUGUUUCUCAGACAGAGAUUGAAGGAAAGAUUACUCGGAUAAUUGGAGAUUACUCUUACAUCUCCGCGAUGAAACCAAAGGGCGUUAUCUUCACACUGAUAAAUCCAGCUACUGGAACUAUAUUUUGGUCUGAACAAUAUCCUGGCCAAGUCUCCUCGGAAUUUUUGAGAAGUGACCUGCAAUAUUUUCUUCUGGAUGAAAGUGUCCUCCUUGCUUUUUUCGCAGCUUCAAGUAUCGGGAACCCACUGCCUUGCCGAGGCUCACGUCAGAAGUAUGCAUUAAGCUGCUCACAGAUUACACCUAAGAAUUUCAGCAUCUACACAGGUAAUAAGAAGACAAUUUUGCUGUUUCUGAUCUUUGAAUCUACCGUAUUGCUAGUACUAGUAGUACUGGUUAGAUUUUGCUGCAUGUUUUGGAAGAAAAAGAAGCUUCAAAAUCAAGAUCUUGGGAAAUUUUUAGAGAAAAGACGAUCACUUCGACUUCAGAAGAAAGCUUUUGACAGAUCAAUCACAGAGCUUCAACAAAAGGCAGCUGAGGAAGCAAUAGCAAAUGAGGUGUUGGAAAAGUUAGGCGAUCUAGUUAAAGAAAGAGAAGGCAUACAGAGGAAGCUCUCAACAUCAUACAGUUUGGGAAGGGAUGAAGUUGGUUCUCGUUCAAAUUCCCUCCUUCCAUUGUCCGAUAGGAAAACAAGGAGUUUCUCAUUUCAAGGCGCGAAAAAAGAGAGUGUUACUUUGUUUCAUACAGUCAGCGCUACUUCUUCUGAAACUAGCUGGAGUAAUAGGGACUCUGAGGAAACAGACAAUGGAAAGUCACCUACUGAAAUAUUUAGUUGUAGUGAUAAUGAGAUUUAUCAGGAAGAAUUUCAGCCUAGUACUCUAUCUUGGUUUGCUUCCAGUUCGAAACCGGUUGAUGAAAUAGAGGAAAUGAAGCUGAGAGAUCAAAAAGAGUCCAUUGAUCAUCCCUUGCAGAACCGCAGCACAAGCAUAAGGAAACGGACAUCAUAUUCAAGUAGCUAGGUAUUGCAUUAUGUGUGUAGUUCUCCGAUAGUUCUUUUGUCCAACUUUAAUCCAAUACUGACGCCGAACUGGCCAAAAAGCUUUCUAUUUCAAUGGAAUUCCACAGGAGCAUAAGCUUUCUUUCUCCCACUCUGUUUAUGUAGGAGAGAAAGAGGGUGUGUAUUGGUAGCAUAGCAGAAAACUUUGUUAGGGUCAC